AUGAUCGCGGGCAAAGUAUGCUUUAUCGUACUAGUAACAUUAACAUUGGGAUUCGCACAGCAAGAGAAGAGCGAUAUCUUUCAAGAGACUGUCACGAAUGGAGCAGAUACGAUGAAGUAUAAAAACUGCCAAGUCAACGGUGUGCACCUUCGUCAUCGUAGUAUGAAAUACUAUGGAGAAAAUGCUUACGUGGCAUGUUCACAUGGUAAAGCUAGUUGCUACCUUAUUGAGCGUGUACACACCCACGCAACGGAAGUCGCGUGUCCUCUUUACGACUUGCAAGAACGAAUUGAUUUUGAGACUGCACUUCGUGAAAAGAAGGAGAAAAUCAAGCAACAAAGUCAAGAUGAAGACGAAAGUGACGAUCGUCGUCUUUCAUUAGUUGUCGUAUCUACAACUCGUAUUUGGGAUGGUGGUGUACUUUGCUACCAAUAUAAUCACGAUUAUCCGUUUAAACCAAUUGAAAGAGAAUACAUUUAUAAAGCAAUGGGCAUCUACGAGAAUAACACGAAUGUUCGAUUCGUGACAACAGCGACGUGCAAGAAAGAGAAGAUGAAGUUCUGCGAUUCGUGUGCCAAUUGGGUCGAUUUUAAACAUCCACCUACUGGUCGAGACUGUAAUUCGAGCAUUGGUAUUACAGAGGAAGGACCACAGAUCAUGAAUUUGGCUGGUCGCUGUUUUGAAGUGGACGAUGAUCUCAAGACUGUGUACGGAUCAGCCAUGCAUGAAAUUGGUCAUUCGCUUGGAUUAUACCACGAACAUCAACAUCCAAAACGUUCAAUUGGUAUUUUUUGGGAAGAAAUUGACCAGAGUAUCUGGGCAGAAAUGAGUAUUCGAGAUCUCAGUGUUGGUGGACCGUACGAUCUCGAUAGUGUCAUGCAUUAUCCACAGACUUACGGCUUUUGCCAACCAACUUAUUGCGAUAAAACCGUCACGAAGAAUUGUGUUCCGAAAGGCACGACGUUCUGCAAUCUCAAUGACGAUCAAUGUACUGAGAUCACGAGAGAAGUUUGCAAUGAGGCAGCUACCAAGGCGGUCGGGCAGCGAAAAUACUUGAGUAAAGGUGACAUUGCUGCACUAAAUGAAUUGUACCCUACACCAGCCUGGCCAUCGUCGAAAUCGAAAAUGCGUGAAUAG